AUGAACCCUGCCCGCCACGAGGCGCUCACAUGGGAAGAAUUCAAGGAAGAGGUGUACGACAAGUACAUUCCCAUGAGCUAUAGACGGGCGAAGAUAGUGGAGUUCCACACCCUGAAACAGGGAAACAUGACGGUGACGGAGUACGACCAUGCUCUUUGUGAAAUGACCCGAUAUGCACCCGAGUUAGUGGACACCGAUGAGAAGAUGGCCGCAAAAUUCCAUGUGGAAGAAGCACUACCAAAGGACGAGACGACGGUUAAUCCUACACCACCAACACCUCAACCGAACUAUCGAGACAAGAGGAAGUCGGAAGACAACCGAGCUCCUUAUGACAACAAGCGACACCGUUCUACUUUCCGCCAGACGCAAGACUAUGACCGGCAAGCCAUGCCACAGCCGAGAGGGAAUCAACAGAAGGCACCCCACUGCAACCGGUUCUCCAAGUACCACUUUGGCGAGUGUAGAGCUGGAGGCAUCCGAUGCUUCACUUGUGGUGGAAAUGGACAUAUGUCUCAAGAGUGUCCGAAUAACAACAAAGGAGGAAUGUGGAAUAGGCAGGGACAUGGGGAACAACAGCAACAACCACAACCCAUUCGACAGGUGGCCCCACAGCAAGCGAGAGCGUACGCGCUGAAAGGAAAUGAAGGGCAGGAACAGCAAACCGACAAGGACUGA